GAGAAAGGUACACCUCCUGAGAAGCACCAUGUAUGUGUUCAAAAAGGCCCAGCUGGUGCCCAAGAGCCAGCUUGGAAGAUUCUGGAUCCUCAUCACUUUCAUUAGCAUCCUUUGCAUUUCUCUCCAAAUGCUGGGAAACCUCCAACAGAUAAGUUGCAAACAGGAAAUCAAACAUCUCAUCCUUCAGCAAAAUAUCAACCUCCAACAGACAUCCCAGGUUUGGAAGAACCACAACUCCACAUUGUCUCCUCACCCCUUAAGCAAUGCCCCCAUCAGUCGCACUGAAAUAACCCCAACUCAAGGCUCCCUGCAGAGAAUGAAGGAGAAUCAAGCACUCAAUCCCACUUUGCAACUACAGAAUGACCUGAGUUACCCAGAGGAAAAUGCCUCAGAUGAUUUAAAGUGGCUUUCUUACACCUCCAAGUAUCCAACACCUACAUUGUGGGGUACUGAAAAAGCAGCCAAAGGCAAAGGCCAAACUCCCCCUCAGAUCAAGAGCUCCAGACCCCUUCCCAAAGCUGUACACAUCAUGAGAAGAGAAACAGAAACAGGGAAGAAAAAGGAGAUGGUUGACUCGAUAGGUGCAUCCCAACAGAAUCAUCCUCAGGGCACAGAACAAAAAGAUAGUGAACUGUUAACUGAUCUAGCAGACACCAAUAGAGCCCAAGCUCAAAGAAGAGUAAUGAAAGCUCCUUUAUUCAGGAGAAAAAAGUCAUUUGAAGGACAGCUUACAAGGCCCAAGACUCCAGUUUCCCUUUUUCUGGCCCCUGGUUUGCCAGAUGGCCUUGACUCUUCCCAUGAGGCAGCCUGCACACCCAAGACCCACAUCUUUUUCCUGAAGGUCCACAAGAGUGCCAGUAGCACCAUCAUGAAUAUCCUCUUCCGUUUUGGAGAGCAACGAAAUCUCACCUUUGCUCUUCCCGUCAACCAGUUCAGUCAACUCUUCUAUCCUUUCUAUUUUGUGGCUGAGGUGGUAGAGGGGUUCAAAGAUGGCACAAGCCCUUCAUUUGACAUCAUGUGCCACCAUAUGAGGUUCCUGAAAAAAGAGGUCCAGAGGGUCAUGCCAAAUGACACCUUCUACUUCUCCAUCCUCCGAAGUCCCAUUCAUCUCAUGGAGUCAUCCUUCAUGUACUUCAAGGCCAGCUCAUCCUUUAUCAAUGCCAAAAACCUAGAUGACUUCUUGAACCACACAAGCAAGUUCUAUAAUCCCCUGAGACCUGACAGUCAUUAUGGCCGAAAUCUCAUGACCUUUGACUUUGGUUUCAACCACAAUGGAAAGGUCUCCACCCACCACACUCAGUUGCUUGCCCAGAUCAUUGAAAGCCAAUUUGAUCUUGUCUUAAUUGCAGAGUAUUUUGAUGAAUCAAUGGUACUGCUAAAAGACUCCCUCUGCUGGAGCCUAGAUGAUGUAGUGUCGUUCCCCAUUAACCAGCAAGAUGCUUCUUACCAUUCCCCACUGUCUUCCAGCACCAUUCAGAAGAUACAGAGUUGGAACAAGCUGGACUGGGAACUCUACCUUCAUUUCAAUCGUACCUUCUGGGAAAGAAUUAACCAGAGCAUGGGCAGGGAAUACCUGCAGCAAGAAGUGGCUGCCCUACGGAGGCGGCGGAAGCAACUGGCAAAGACCUGUCUUCAGGGUGAGCAAAGUGUCCACUCCUGGGAGAUCCAGGACAAAUUGCUAGCCCCACUCCAGUACGGCAAAGCUAGAAUUCUUGGCUAUAACUUAAAGCAUGGGUUGGACAAAGCAACAAAACAGGCCUGCCAGAGUUUUGUCACGCCUGAACUACAGUACAGCGAGAGACUAUACAAAAGACAAUUUCCCCAAAAAGCCCUCCGGCUCAGCCAGGCAAAGAAACGCUCCAAGGCCCACAGCAUGAAGAAGCAGAGACCCUUCAAGCACCAUUCCUAAACAUCUUAAAGCGUUUGGCUGAUGAAGAAUCAGGAGAAGAUACUGACAUGGGCUCUUAUGGGCCAUCAGCAUAAAGCAGUUAUGCUCACAAGGCUCAUGUGUUCUGGAGACUCUACUGAGUAUUUUACAACAUCAGCUGGAUAAUUUACAAUCUGGGAUAGAUAACAGGAUAAACAACUGUGUAGUCAUCAGCUGGAUAUGUAUGAGAGUGAACUAACCACACUCAGGACUCUAGAAAUUGAACAUGGGUGUGAAAUACUCUCAAACAAAUAGAAACUUGGGUUUUCUCCAUUCCCUCUUCCUGAUGAGAACAAUAUAGUUUAUUCAUUUUGAAGUCCUAACCAAAUAGACCUCAGAUUCCUCUAAGUACCCAAAAUAUUUGAAAUUAAAUAUAUAAUAUUGAAUGCUCCAUCCCAAGCAUUAGACUAAAGGACAUAUGCACCCUCUGCCAGGCACAGGUUUAUGCUAAGGCUAAAACUGAGCCUUGGCUAAAAUAUGACCAUGGUCUUCAAGUAGACCAAUAAUGGAGUUGGUGACCAGAUAUAAAAAAGUGUCAUGACAAUUUAAAAAGUGAGCAGUUGAUUACUUGAUGAUGGUGAUUGAGGGAGGCAGGGAGAGUAUGAAAACAGAAGAGUCCAACACUGAUGUCUGAAAAUUAUGAUCAGUUGGAAAAGUCCACUGCAACCAGGAGACGAAAAAAAUGCCUGCUGCCUAUUAAAGACUUUCAUCAUAACAUCUUCUUGGCAUCAUCCUUGGGUUUCUUUUUAAAACUGAUGAAGAUGUAAAUUGUCAUAAAAGGGGUGGAUGGACCUUUACAACAGUUCCUGAGCCUAGAAAUAAUCUCUCUUUUGCCUAACUGGAUCAGUAUCUUCACUACCCCAGGGAGAACUCAUAGACCUCUGGACUAUUUGCUCAGCAAAUCAGGAAAAAAAGCAGAGAAAUAUGAUUCCCCCAUUGUUUGCCCCAGCUUGCAAAGCUGUUUUCAAAUGUCUGCCAAUUCUUACAGAGUAGCUCUCUCAAGAGAGCAGAGAUAUUCAGAGUUUAUCAUGGCCCUGUAAAAAAAUUGGCAACUCCCAUUCUUCAGAAAACUGAGGCUCAAAAAAAAAAAGGAAAGGAAAUGCAUACCAUGGUCACAUACCUAAAGUGAUCUUGCAAGAGAGAGUGCAUAUAUUUUAGUCCAGACCUGUGAUGUUUAUAUUGUGUGUGAGAUAUUUCUAGUAUGGAAAUUUCCUCCAAUGAUUGAGAUUCGCAAAUUGCCUAUAACUUAAAGAGUUGCUUGGAAGUCAGAGAGAUUAAGUGAAUUGCCUGUGGUCACAUAACUAGUAUGUUUUAGAGGUGGGACUUUUUAGAAGUAAAAGCUGAACUCAUUUUCCUGCUCCAAAGCCAGUUCCUUUAUCCACUACAUCAUGACUCUCACUAAGUGUUAUAAGGGAUACAAAAAACAACCUAUUUUUUUUUUGAAGAGUCUACUUAGGGAGACAAGAUAGCAUUCCUGAAGCAAGGCAAUAAAAUUACAAGGCAAUCUGCCACCUGCAUAACUAACCAAUUCCUCUCUACUUGUCAUUCCCACUUGCUAAAUACAAUCUUAAUGCCCUAAUUUUUUCUCCCACCUAUCUGUUCCCAAAUCCAAUUCUCCAUCCCACUCUUAACUUUCCCAUGAUUCAAAUAAUUGCCCUUUUCUGAUUCUGUUUUAUGAGCCUACUAAGUACAAUGGUCUAAAACCUGUAGCUUCCUUCUUUUGUACUCCUUCAGUUUCUUUGCAGGGUGCUCCUGCUUUAAAAUUCCCCAUCUCCAAGAUCAUAAUCUAAUUGGUUCCAUCAUCAUCUUUCUUGGUUCCUUCCAUUUGCUUCUCAUUACCUUUCACAUCAGGUAUAACUCUCUCAUUCCUACAUUAACCUUUCCCCCCUCCCCACCAAUGCAUUCCAUUGCCCUUGCCCAGAUUUCUUGGUUUUCCUAUUUCCCCAUCUACCCUAUUUACUCUUCUCAGCCUCUUCUUACUCCCUCCAGCAUUCACAUUCCCAGGAAAUACCAGAGAUAAGCCCCUCUUCCACCUUCUCAGUCCCAGUCACUUCCUAAUGAUCUAUCCUGAAAACUCACAUCAUUGGUAACAAAGUUUGCCUUAGGCUUCACACAACAUGCUUUAUAGCCUUCCAGUUGAUAAUGCUUCCCCCCAACUUUGAAAUAACCUUAUAUUUACUGUGUAUAUGUUUUAUGCUUAUUUAUCUGUGCACAUUUUUUUCCUCUUAGUAGAAUGUAAAUUUCUUGAGA